UGGCGAAUCUGAAGACGCGUGAAAGUGAGAGAGUGAGUGCAGAAUAUUCAACAUUCUGCUGUUCCCUCUUUCUAUUUCUUGGAAUAAAUUUCUCUCUUUUUCAUCACUGUCCAUUAUUAUUCACUUUCUCCAUCUUCGUCUUCUUCGUCUUCUUCUUCUUCUGUUAACUGAAAACAAACCCUAAAAAAGGGUUGUUUAAUUGCUGCCCUGCUUGAUAUCUCCAUUCAACAAAUUACUCUGUCACUUCAUUUCAUUACAUUGGGGGCUCUGAUUUCUAGCCCCACUGAACCAUCUCUCUCUCACUCUAGAACUUGUCUUAUUCUCUCUCUCAGACUGCGAUUUCACUGAUAACAAAGUGUACUUACUUACACACUUCCUGCUACUCUGUCCUGCUCUUAGAUUAGAUCUGUUUCCGGACAUGGCCGCCCAUAUAUUCAUCUAAUCCACUCGGGAUUUGGGAUCUCAUCUGAUCUGAUCUGAUCCGACGGCCGGAGCUUCACAUACAAUGGGGAAAUCCAACGGCCGAGAUUGGACGCAGAUCUACGCGAUCUACGGCGUGGAUGAAUGGCAGACGCCGGCGUUCCUCCUCGUCCACGCCGUCGUCUUCUCCGUCCUCGCCCUCGCCUUCCUCCUCUACUUCGAACCCAUCUGUCUCCUCCUCCACCGCCUCCUCCCCCCCGCCGCCGCCCGCUUCGCCGCAGGCUUCACCGGCUCCGUCACCGCCAUCUCCGCCGUCUGCCUCUUCUUCGCCGGCGCUAAUUUCCUCUACUCCGCCGUCGCCCUUCACUGGGAAAUGUCCCAGCGCAUCGUCUCCUCCGUCCCCGACUGGUCCUCCGUCAAGCACGCCCUCGACCUCGGCUGCGGCCGCGGCAUCCUCCUCAACGCCGUCGCUUUACAGCUCAAAAAAUCCGGUUCCUCCGGCCGGGUCGUCGGCCUCGCCCCGACCCACAUCCACUCCCUCAACCCGACCCGAACCCUCCAAACCGCCGCCCUCGAAGGCGUCCAGGAAUACGUCACUUGCCGGGGCGGCGAUCCGACGAAGCUGCCGUUCAGCGACAGCUACUUCGACGUGGUGGUGUCGGCGGUGUUUGUUCAUAAGGUGGGGAAGGAGUACGGGUCGAAGUCGGCGGCGGCGGCGGCGGAGCGGAUGCGCGUGCUGGGGGAGGUGGUGAGGGUGCUGAAGCCGGGGGGGGCGGCGGUGGUGUGGGACGUGGUCCACGCGCCGGAGUACGUGCAGCGGCUGAGCGAGCUGAGGAUGGAGGAGAUACGCGUGUCGGAGCGCGUGACGGCGUUUAUGGUCAGCAGCCAAAUUGUCUCCUUCCGGAAGCCACGUCAGCAUAUUGUGGGCCCCGGGGAAGUCAGACUCGACUGGAGUUGGAGAUUCAACCAUCUCGGUUGACUUUGUUUUUCUUCUACUAGUCUUCUACUACUACUACUGCUACUCUACUACCUAUUAUUAUUAUUAUUAUUAAAAAUAAAAUAAAAUAACAGGAAAAAUGGAUGUAAAUUAGAGGAUGAGUAGUGGAGGAUGGAUACGACAAAAAUAGGUCUGGGGACGCGAAGUGGAACCAGAUGAAUAGAUAGAUGGACAUUCAUCCGUACACUCACUAAGACAGAUUGUUACAACACAAAAAUCGAUAUAAACUUUAUGGAAUUGAUGUUGAUAUUAUUACGCUUA